CUUCAAAGUAACACGGAUUAGACACACGCAGUUUCCUUUACGUAAUUAUGUCUGCGUUCAUGCUGUGAUAGUGAAAGACUGAAAUAGUGAUCUUCUGGGACUUUUGCAUGUGUUCGGACUAAUUUGGUGUUUGGAGCUAGUCGUCUUCCUUGCUUAGCUCUUAGAUUAUUUGCGUCGAUGGCUGUAUCAACACUGAAUAUGACACCGUACUUCACCGGAUACUCUUUUCAAGGUCAGGGUCGUAUGAACCAGUUGGGCGGUGUGUUCAUCAACGGUCGUCCGCUGCCGAACCACAUCCGACUGAAGAUCGUGGAGAUGGCGGCGGCGGGCGUGCGGCCCUGCGUCAUCUCGCGCCAGCUUCGCGUCUCGCACGGCUGCGUCUCCAAGAUACUCAACAGAUACCAAGAAACGGGAUCCAUACGUCCUGGUGUGAUUGGAGGAUCCAAGCCAAGAGUAGCGACUCCAGAAGUCGAGAACAGGAUCGAAGAGCUGAAGAGACAAAACCCAGGUAUAUUUUCCUGGGAAAUUAGAGAUAAACUAAUUAAAGAAGGGAUUUGUGAUAAAAACACAGCGCCGUCUGUGAGUUCCAUUUCGAGACUUAUAAGAGGAGGCAAACGGGACGAAUCCGAUCCUAGAAGAAAUCACAGCAUUGAUGGUAUUCUAGGUCCAUCAUCUUGCGAAGACUCUGACACCGAGUCUGAACCGGGAAUCACUCUGAAGAGGAAACAAAGGAGGUCCAGGACUACUUUCUCUGGAGACCAACUAGAAGCUUUGGAGCGUGCGUUCACUAGGACCCAGUACCCUGAUGUGUACACGAGGGAAGAACUUGCGCAGAAAACUAAACUCACCGAAGCCAGAGUUCAGGUAUGGUUUUCAAACCGAAGAGCUCGACUUCGCAAACAACUGAACUCGCAGCAACUGAGCGCUUUCAACACCAUGUCUCUGCAGUCAGCGUUCCCUUCAGUCCACCAGCAGUACGAGCCUCCGUCUACCUUCAACGCUCAAUGCGCUUCCUGGCAACAAUCUUACUCAUCUGCUCUGGGCACCAGCUCUGUUCUAAACUCGGCCCUUGCACCUUCCCUCCACCAAUCCGCGCUUACUGCUCCUUCAGUAUGCCAAUCAGCGCUUGCAGCAUCCAGCCUACAUCCACCAACUUCAAGCUCCUUCUCAUCUGGCAACCUAACGCCACUGUCCCAUUCUUCGGAUCUUGCUACUCCCCUGCAAGCCCCUACUGAUGCCACGCCUCCAAGCUCAAGUCCCACAACGACUAGUCCUUCUGCGAACCAGACCAGUGCACUCACUUACCAACAUUCGACCUACGCGAAUCCGAGCGAACCUCUCUCUCACCCUUACGGAUAUGCCGACUACUCGAAGCAAGAGCACGCCAUGUCUGCACACAACCACUGGACGACCAGGCAGCUCAGCGGACAUGCACAAAACAAACUCGCCGAAGUUGGCGCCUGGCCUGAAAACUAUAGUUCAUUCUUCGGCACCAAUGCGUCCCACUAUGCGUCUCACGCGCAUUCGCCCACAGAGGCGAAGUCUGGCUACCCGUAUCUAGGACAACUCGGCGGUAUGGAUAUGGGCAGAGUACACUAAAUAACGAAUAACAUACUAUUAAAGCAAUAGAAUAUUAUACUAAGCUUCACAACAGGACAUAUCAAUGUGCCUUCAUAUACAGAGUGUUAUAUUUAGAUACAAUCGUAUUUUCUAUAUUUACAACACAAUAUAGAUUUUUUCAAUACAAUAUUUUGAAAACUUUCACCGUAUCAUAGAGAUAUUGUGUAAAUAGAUUCAUAGUAUGUUUUAUAUUGUAAUAUUUACUGUUCCUGUACUAGAAAACGCACUAAAUAAAAAUGUCUCGUAAGUUUUUAUCUUUUUACAUAUAGAUCGUUACUACAUUUUAUAAGUUGUUAUGUGUAUAUUGUAUUUUAGAUAUAAUCAAUGUUAGUAAGCAAUGUUGUAAUAAUGUUUAAAAAUCAAUAAACAAUAACUUUCCUAAUAGAAAAUACACAAUAGUUACUAAAAGAUAGAUAUAAUUUUCACUUUGAUUUAACUUUAAUUUGUACAUAGUUUAGUAGAGAUAGUAUCAAUAGGUUGUAUCUUUUCUUUUAGUGACUAUAUCCUAAAGAUUGAUCCUAAAAUUGCCUUGAAUGAAGUUGUGAUUUUAUAUAAAUAAUGUAUUUAUUUAUAGGUUUAUAUUGUAACUUAGUUUAAUUAAGUGUAGAGACUAAGCACUUUGUAAAAUAACGGUUUACCCAGAAUAAAUGAAUGCUAAUGCAAAUAA